AUGUGCUUCCUCACGGAAACCCCGUUCGCGAGCGUGAAGGAAGCAGCGGGCAAAGAGUACCAGUGCCGGAUAUGCGUGAAUGCUAAUGAGAUGAAGGGAAUGUUGGAAAUGAUGAGGGGGGAACCCGGGAAGGAGCGCGAGGCACGAGAGAGGAUGGAGGUGGAGAUGGAGAGGAAGGAGGCUAGAGAGAGGCUCAGGGACGAGAAGGGCGAAAUCAAAGGGGGUGCUGGACGAGGUCCGGGACGAGGACCAGGGGGCGAAGGAGGUCUUGGAAUUCUUUGGGGUCCAGGGAAUGGUGGAGGGCGUGGACCCGGUGGUGGUGAUGGUCGGGGAGGAGCAGGACCUGGUCCGAAUGAUGGAGGUCUUGGUGUCGGGGAUGGACCUGGUACAUAUGAUGGCGGUUUCCGAGGCGGAGAUGGGGCUGGUCCGAACGAUGGUGGUCUCGGAGGCGGGGAUGGACCGGGUCCGAAUGACGGCGGUUUCGGAAGCGGAGAUGGACCGGGCCCAAACGAAGGUGGUCUUGGAGGAGGGGAUGGACCAGGUCCGAAUGAUGGCGGUCUCGGAGGCGGAGCUGGACCGGGUCCAAAUGGUGGGGGUCUUGGAGGUGGAGCUGGGAGGGAGGGCGCGGAGGUGAUGGAGCAGGUCCGAAUGAUGGGGGCCUUGGAGAUGGAACUGGUCGAGGUGGGGACGGACCUGGUCCAAAAGAUGGUGGCGUGGGAGGUGGGGACGGACCGGGCACAUAUGCUGGUGGUUUUCGGGGAGGAGAUGGCACCGGUCCAGGUGAUGGUGGUCUUGGAGGCGGGGAUGGACCGGGUCCGAAUGAUGGGGUCCUUAGAGGCGGAGCUGGACCUGGUCCGAAUGAUGGGGGCCUUGGACCCGGGGCUGGACCAGGUCCAAAUGAUGGUGGUCUCGGGGGCGGAGAUGGGCCGGGUCCGAAUGAUGGAGGCCUUGGUGGCGGAACAGGUCGUGGUGGGGAUGGACCGGGUCCAAACGAGGGAGGUCGUGGAGGCGAUGGACCAGGUCCGAAUGAUGGGGGCCUUGGAGGUGGAACUGGUCGAGGUGGGGAAGGACCUGGUCCAAAAGAUGGUGGCGUGGGAGGUGGGGACGGACCAGGCACAUAUGCUGGGGGUUUCCGUGGAGGAGAUGGCCCGGGUGCAGGUGAUGGUGGUCUUGGAGGCGGGGAUGGACCGGGUCCGAAUGAGGGGGGCCUUGGAGGCGGAGCUGGACCUGGUCCGAAUGAUGGGGGCCUUGGAAGCGGGGAUGGUCCAGGUCCAAAUGAUGGUGGUCUUGGGGGCGGAGAUGGACCGGGUCCGAAUGAUGGGGGUCUUGGAGGCGGAACUGGUCGAGGUGGGGAUGGACCGGGUCCAAACGAGGGAGGUCGCGGAGGCGAUGGAGCAGGUCCGAAUGAUGGGGGACUUGGAGGUGGAACUGGUCGAGGUGGGGAUGGACCUGGUCCAAAAGAUGGUGGCGUGGGAGGUGGGGACGGACCGGGCACAUAUGCUGGGGGUUUUCGUGGAGGCCCGGGUCCAGGUGAUGGCGGUCUUGGAGGCGGGGAUGGACCGGGUCCGAAUGAUGGCGGUCUCGGAGGUGGAGCUGGACCGGGUCCAAAUGAGGGAGGUCUUGGAGGCGGGACUGGUCGAGGCGGGGGUGGACCAGGUCCAAACGAUGGAGGUCGCGGCGGUGGGGCUGGCCCGGGUGCAAAUGUUGGGGGUCUCGAAGGUGGAGCUGGACCGAGUCCAAAUGAUGGAGGUCUUGGAGGCGGGGCUGGUCGUGGUGGGGGUGGACCGGGUCCAAACGAUGGGGGUCUUGGUGGAGGCAAUGGGCGGGGUGGGGCUGGACCAGGUCCAAAAGUGGGAGGUCUUGGCGGCGGUGGUGGUCGUGGUGGGGCUGGACCCGGUCUAA